AUGGGAGUAGAUAAAGCAAUUGGUAUUGAUUUAGGAACCACGUUUUCAUGCGUGGGAGUAUGGAUAUCAGGACAUGUAGAGAUUAUAGCGAAUGAUCAAGGGAAUCGAACCACACCAUCAUAUGUAGCGUUUACAGAUUCAGAAAGACUUAUUGGAGAUGCAGCAAAAAACCAGGUUGCAAUGAAUCCAUGCAAUACAGUAUUUGAUGCAAAACGUCUGAUUGGACGGAAAUUCGGGGAUCCAGAAGUGCAAUCAGAUAUGAAACAUUGGCCUUUUAAAGUUAUAGACAAAGGUCAGAAGCCUUAUAUUCAGGUUGAAUAUAAAGGGGAUAUUAAAACAUUUACGCCGGAGGAGAUUUCAUCAAUGGUCCUUACAAAAAUGAAGGAAGUGGCAGAAGCGUAUCUUGGGACUAAAGUUUCCAAUGCUGUUAUCACGGUCCCAGCAUAUUUCAAUGAUUCACAGCGACAGGCUACGAAAGACGCAGGAUUGAUUGCAGGAUUGAAUGUUUUACGUAUUAUCAAUGAACCUACAGCAGCAGCCAUUGCAUAUGGUCUAGAUAAGAAGACAUCAAAUGAAAAGAAUGUGCUUAUUUUUGAUCUUGGAGGAGGAACUUUUGACGUAUCGUUAUUAACUAUCGAAGAAGGAAUUUUUGAAGUCAAAGCAACCGCAGGCGAUACCCAUUUGGGAGGAGAAGAUUUUGACAAUCGUCUUGUAAACCACUUCAUUGCUGAAUUUAAACGCAAACACAAGAAAGAUCUUUCAGGGAAUGCACGAUCUCUUCGUCGGCUUCGAACAGCAUGUGAGCGUGCUAAACGGACUCUUUCAUCAUCAACACAGACGAGUAUAGAAAUUGAUUCCUUAUUUGAAGGAAUUGAUUUAUAUACUUCUAUUACUCGUGCUCGAUUUGAAGAACUUUGUCAAGAUCUUUUUAGGGGAACAAUGGAACCAGUUGAGAAAGUUCUUCGUGAUUCUAAAAUUGAUAAAUCAAGUGUUCAUGAAAUUGUAUUGGUUGGUGGUUCUACGCGUAUUCCGCGUAUUCAGAAAUUGGUUUGUGAUUUUUUUAAUGGAAAAGAGCCAAAUAGAACGAUCAAUCCAGAUGAAGCUGUUGCCUAUGGUGCGGCAGUUCAAGCUGCUAUUCUUUCAGGAGACACAUCGGAACAAACUCAAGACAUACUCUUGCUUGAUGUGGCGCCUCUCUCAAUGGGUAUUGAAACUGCAGGCGGUGUGAUGACAACACUUAUUAAACGGAAUACAACUGUCCCGACUAAAAAGUCCGAAGUCUUUUCUACUUAUGCAGAUAACCAGCCUGGUGUACUUAUCCAAGUAUAUGAAGGCGAACGUGCACGUACCAAAGAUUGCCACUUACUUGGACAAUUUGAUUUAACAGGCAUUCCACCUGCACCUCGUGGUGUUCCUCAAAUUGAAGUUACUUUUGACAUUGAUGCUAAUUCAAUUCUUAAUGUCUCUGCUGUUGAGAAAGGGACAGGUAAAACAAGCAAUAUUACUAUCAAGAAUGAAAAAGGUCGUUUAUCAAAGGAAGAAAUUGAGCGUAUGAUUCAAGAAGCAGAGAAAUAUAAAGCUGAAGAUGAAGCUGAAUCAGCACGUAUCUCUGCCAAAAAUUCAUUGGAAUCUUAUGCAUAUAGCUUAAAGAACACAUUGUCAGAUGAAAAAUGUAAAGACAAGAUUCCUGCUCAAGACCGUGAAAGACUUCAGACAUCUGUUAACGAAGUAACAUCAUGGGUAGAGCUAAACCAGACAGCAACAAAAGAAGAAUAUGAUUCUAAACAGAAAGAGCUUGAAACAGUUGCUGGACCUAUUAUGUCCAAGAUGUAUCAAACAGGUGAUGGUAUUCCUGGCAUGGGAGGCAUGGGUGGUAUGGGUGGCAUGGGUGGCAUGGGUGGCCAACCAGGUGGUUUCCCUAAUGCAAAUGAUGAUCAUGGUCCAUCAGUUGAGGAGGUUGAUUAA